UCCUCUGAAUUGAAGGCAAGUUUAUUACUACAUUGAACUUUGAUUCCUUCCAAUAGAAGUUGUCUAAAAUUAUCUUUGAGCUUUGACAUAUCUUUCUCCGAACUGUAGUGAAUCACUGUAGCCUAAUAAUCAAGCGGUGUUUGUCAACUCUAUGGUAAAGCUUGCGGUUUCUCCCUACGAGCUGAGAGAGAGUGAUUGAGCAACCAUUGAUGACGUCAUGCUGGGGGUUUUCCCUGUGGGUCCGUUGUGCAUGCGCGUGACAUCUUGACCUCGUAAUGUAUUGAUCUCACACAUCACAAAAUGCACAAACCAUCAACGAACUAAGUAGACGCAAAGUAUCCAGGCCAGGCAGCAGAGAGUAGCAACAAACAGUUAGCAAAGUUAUGUUUGUUUUAAAUUAAAAAGUGCCCGAGCACAGAACAGGAAUUGAGAUAGAUACACGAAUGUCUCGACAGUAGCCGUGGACAUUUCUCCAUGAUUUUGUGACUGCCUGUGUGCCGCUCUGUGAGUGUGAGCAUGGAGGAAUAAGUUAGUCCUCCAAUGGUGGGAGUUGGUCUUCUUGGAAGCUUGUUUAGUCAUCACACCACACGACGAUGUCGGUGCAGUCACUUGGGAAGACACCCUACCGGAAGCUGCCACAUUUCUACCGCACUACUAUACAGCUUUCCACGCUGCUCGAUGUGGAACAAACGCUUGGUCAAAAUGACUACCGAAUGGUGCUGGAACUGCUCGGGUUUCCACCUGAACAGGUACGUUUCUGGGGGAGUCGGUGUAUGAGACCAACCUUAGAGGCUCUGAAUGAAUGGGAUGGAUCGGUUCAAGACUUGGUGGAGGCGCUACAAGAAUGUGAUCGAGUAGAUUGCCUCUCUGUCUUAGUCCAAGCUCUCUUAAAAACACUACAGGAAGGACAAGGUGGAAAGACAACAGGAACUAACAUCUUAACGCAAGAUACGAUUCCCUUAUCUCCGUUUAUAGUGCCGCCAAUCUUAACAGAUGAGGAACUGAAAACUGCCACCUAUAAUCCCGAAGGCUUAACCCAGGAAUGUAAACAAACUACCAAUGGCUGGACUGAUGCAAUAUUCGGGUCAUCUUUCUCAUCUGUGUCAAUACAAGAUGUAACUUCCCAUGAAGAUCUCGUUAACGAUCAGUUCACAAGGGCGCAGGGAUGCUGCACUGGGAGAUUAUCAUCUCAACCGGAUGGUUUGGUGACGUCAAUGUCCUCCAAACCAAAACAUGACUUAGAUUUACUUCUGAAAUCCAGCUUUGAAGUUCCGACGCUGAAUUCUACUUCAAGCCUUGACGCUUCAUCAAAAGGUCGCAAGACAACAGAGUUCAUCUGUAAUUUAGUAGCCUCCGCCGUCAAGCGUUGCCAAUGUAUUUCCAAUAGCGAUGAUCUGACAUGGAUCUCAAACAGUACUGUGUACAUCAACAAUCUCGCACGGACCUACCUCUUUAUUCUAUUCAUCGUAAAUAUCAUCACUUGCGUCUUCAACAGUCGACACACGCCAACUUACACUCUUGAACUCAUCGUAACCUCAAUUCCAGUCUCACAAUCGCUUUAUGUAGAGCGGAACUUACCGAUCUACCGAGAGCUUAUAAGAAAAGUCAAAGAAACAGAAGCCAGUAUGGGGCUGAUCUUAAGGAGUCUCGAGCAGAGAAUUGGACGAUCUUUCUCCAGCGAGAAUGGCGUCCUGCAUGAACUCGAUAAGAGGAAAGCUACUCUUCGUGAACUUAGGGGUGAGGUUAUGCCCCUGUACAGCGAUAUCAGACUCUGCAUCAUCUGUACGUUAGUGACGGAGAUACUGCUGGAGUUUUUUAUACUCGGCGUUGGGUUGAUGUGUUUUAGUGGUCAGGAACUACUGGUUAGAGCAGGGGAUGGUUUCACGUCGUUAGCGAUGGCUUUAUUGUGUAUUGACUGUGUGUAUAACUUCGUUCUCGUAGCAGUGUAUUACCAUGAUAGAACGAUUGACACUGUCAUACAGAGAGAUCGGUUUCAUUUAAACGCAUCAUUAUCGAGUCAGAAAUCAGUCGCUGUAUAAUCAAUGUGAAAAUUAUCAUAUAAUGUCAAACCAAAUCUCAUAAAGCUGUAGAGCAGAAAAUACUGCUUGGUAAAUUUCUUUGCUAAGCAAAAUUUGAGUUGGGCACCAGUCACAGCAUUGUCAA